CUGACAUCACUUUCUCUCUCGUUCCCACGGUAAGACUCAAUUGCUCGGUAAAUCAACUACGUUGAACGUUAACCGCCAGAUGACAUCGCGCGAUGGGCGAACGUUUGGACAUAUCAGCGGCGUGGGGGUUGGCGCAAUUUUCACCUCAAAAGCUACGCUAGCCGAAGCAGGUGUACAUGUCCUACGCCAAGCCGGCAUACACGGGGAUCAUGAGCUCGGCGCCUUUUCCAUUUGUUUGUCUAAAGGGUACGAGGAUAAUGUCGACAGGGGGAACACUAUUACAUAUGUUGGCUCGGGUGGGCAAGAUGAUGAUGGAAAACAAAUAAGCGACCAGUCACCCGAUACUCCAGCUAAUAAAGCCUUGUUCAUUUCCUCCACAACCAAGCGUCCAGUGCGAGUUGUACGCGGAGCGAAUGACGACAACGCUUAUUCUCCAGGCCAUGGUUAUCGUUACGACGGGCUGUAUGUCGUUGAUGAGGCUAAGAUGGUAGACGGAAAGAAAGGCUUUAAGAUGUGCACCUUCACGCUGAAGCGAAUUGAAGAGGAUGGCCAGAGGGCGAUACCAAUAAGGCGCACCCUCACCGCCGGGAAACUGGCAAAAUUGAGGAAGAAAACUCGUACUGGAUAAUCUGCUUGCUAUUGAUACCUUGGCUUUUCAAUCGUUGCAGUAGUGUAACCUCAUAUACCCGUGUACAGUUAUCUGCCUGCAUUUGUAGUUUUAUUGUCUCUACGUUGAACAUCAACCUCCCUAUUGUCUACCCGAAGCAUCCCCUGAUAAGUAGUGCGCGCAUAAAGUGUGGACCAUGCAUAUAUUAUAUUUGCUCUCAAUGAAAUGUGCCAUUGUAUGUGCGGAAAGUCAGGGUAUGCUGUAUCCCGGAACCAGACGUAAUGGAUGAGCUCGGGAGGGACUUAA